AUGGCGGGGCCGUCCGUCGAGAGAUGGCGGGAGGAGCUGCAGAAGGCGAAGGCGGACGCCGACAAGGUGCGGUCCGACCUCCAGCGGUGGGAGCUGCUGGGGUCCCAGAAGGGCGCCGCCAGCGAGCGCGGGAGGCAGGGCACGGCCGUCCGGGACGCCCUGGGGCGGCUGAAGGAGACCCGGACGACGCUGGAGCGCCUCAGCGGCGAGCUGGCCGCCAUGCGGACUGGGCCGGCGACCUCCGAGGCCACGCGCAAGACGCUCACCGCUUACGGCGACGAGCUGGCUCAGGUGCAGGUCCAGCUGCAGGACAUGCAGCAGCGUGCCAGGGGCGCUGCGGGCCCGCCCGUCGGCAGCGCCGCGAGCUGGUCAGCUGCGCCCAGCCCAGGAUUGCCCGCCGCCGCUGGAGUCGGCCCCCGCGGGGAGCUUCGGGCGUCUGCCGAUGCAGCCCGUGUCCAACAGGCAGCGUAUGGAGCAGAAUGA